AUGGAUUUUCCAAUUCAUCCUGGCAAAAAAAUAAAUGUGAUCUGUUUAAAAAAAACUAUGUACUGAAUGUUAGUACUACCAUGGGGGAGAUACGAAAUAAUAUCUCCCUUUUUAAAUAGUCCUUAAUAAACUAAAACUCAAAAGUGAAGAAUUUCAAUUUAAUAAAUAACAAUUGAGAGAAAAAUUCAUAUUUCCAGAUAUAAUCAAAAAAACUGAUUUUCUGUUAAUGGGAAUUUGGAAAGAUGUAAGAGAAUCAUUCUAAAAAAUUAAUGAAGGUAUUGAAGAUUAAGAUGCUGUAUAUUUGAAUUUAAUGAACUCUAAGCUAUCACCAUCAGAAUAUUCUUAUUCAGAUCUUGAAAUUUUUAUAAAUAUAUUAUAAACAGAUGAACUAAAUAACUGGAAUAAAUUAAAAUCCAAUUACUUUAAUUAAUUAUAAUAGGCGAUUUUGAUAUUGAAAUCAGAAGUAGAAAAAUUCAAACAAUUUAUAACCGAAUAAUUUUGGGGAAUUUUGGCAUAGACAAAAAAGUAAGAGUAUAAUGGUUUUAUGGAUGCCUAAUCUAAAUAUAAGAAAACUAAAUGUCAAAUAAUACACACGAAGUUUAAUGAAAUUUAGUAAUAAUGCAACGGUGAAAUUCUUUAGACGUAGAAAUUAAUAUUUAUAAUAGGACUAUAAUUUAUGAUUUACUAAAUAAGCCACAAAUAAUUAAAAAUCUAGAUGUUCUCAAGCACGUUCAUUGGAAAGGGGAAUUAGGGAAUGAUUACAAGAAAGUAGGCUUAUGGACAGCAGAAUGGAUGGCAAAACAAAUAGUUUCUUGUGGUUCGUACUCUUAAAAUGGAAUGAAAUACGGUUAUUGGAUAGAAAUGGUUAAAUAUUAUAAUCAAUAAGUUAAUCUUUUAGAAGUCAACGAAUAUGUGAAUAAUCUGAGGCAAGGGACAUGGAAGUAUUGCUAUAACCUUGAAUAUAUGUAUUAAUUUUGAUUAUUAAUUAAAGCGAAGGGGGAAAUUAUAAUGAAAAAGGAGAGAAGAGUGGAUUGGGAAAUGGAAAUUGUCUAAGUUUUCUCAAAAUGGAAAUUCAAAUUACUAAAAGCGAACUAGUAUUGCAAUUGGAUCAUAUGAUGGAGGAGAAAAAUCAUUGAAGAAUGGGGAGUGGACAGAAUUUAUUAUAGAGUUUCUUGAACAUAAAGGAAAAUAUGAAAAUUGGAUAAAGGUUGGCAGAUGGAAUAUGAGCACCCUUGAAGUACCAUCUGACAAAAAAGAUAUUUGAUUUUAAAGGAAAUAUCAUGGUUAAAUAUAUAGUAUCAUAACAUAUAGAGAAGGAUCGUAUAGAAUAGCAUUGGUGGACUUUGUAAAAAUGGAAUUGAAAUUGGAACAUGGUUAGAGGCUGAUAGCUAAAAAUUAACAAUUACUUAUGAGGGAAAAUAUAGGAACGGCAAAAAGUUGGUUUAUGGACUACUAAAUAUUGUGGGAAAAAUAUGUAUAUCUUUGAUAUUAAUAACAAUAUAAUUAGUGGCGGUGGAGUGUAUAGCGUUGAAGGAGAUGAAAUAAAAAUUGGGAAAUGGAUUGAAUUUGUAUUUGAAAUUGGAAAUGUGGCAUUUAUUUACAGUGGAGUGUAUCAAUAAGGGAAAAAGGUUGGUAAUUGGAAUUUCGGUUGUAAGGAUUUUAAAAGUAAGGAAAACUCGCUUACUCUAAUAUACGUACAUUAUCGAUAUACUUAGAGGUGGAGAGUCUAAUGACGAAAAAAGGAAAUGGUCUUAAGACUGGUUAUUGGUGUGAAUUGAAGUAGGGUUAUAAAUAUGAUAUUGUCAUUUACUAUUUGGGUUAAUAUAAAAAUGAUAAAAAAAUUGAAUGGUGGGAUAUAUUAGUGAAAGAAUCAUCAAAUGGAUAGUAUAAUAUUAAACAAAAUAUUUAUUCUAGUGAAAUAUAAUGUAAAGAACAUGAGUACAGAAAUAAUAAUAGAUUAUUUCUAGAAAUUCAAGGAUUUUCUGGGAAGACAUAAUAGAGUGAAAAUUUUGAUGCACAGAAUAAUCAAAAUUAAGAUUAGGAAUAAUAUAUUUUUAAGUAAAGCCUAAAUUUAUAAAAUAUUUAGAGGGGGAGGAUAAUAUGAUAAAUAGGGUCUUAAAAUAGGUUAGUGGCUUGUUUCGAAUUGA